AUGAUAACAAUUUUACGUAAGUAACGUUAUACCAUAAAAAAAACUCAAAAAAGACUAAAAUUAAAUUUUUUUUAGGUUUUUUUAAAAAUUUUGUAUUUCAGAUUACACCAAAAACCCUAAUGGUCCGACGUGCCUAGUAAAACGAUAUGGAGGAUAUUUGGCAGCAUGUUCGAGAACAGCUGUAGUAGACAAUACUAAAGAGUUUUACUAUUACUGCGCUUCCUACUAUAACAUCUAUGACAGUGAUUCUAGGGUUCUUGGUAAGUCAACUUUUAUCCUUCCCUACCCUACCCUACCCUACCCUACCUUGACUUAUCCUACCGUAAUUUCUUCUACUGUACCCUAUCCUACCCUGCCCUACCUUAUCCUACCGGAAUCUUUUUUACCGUACUUCAUUCUGUUGUACUCUUUUCCACCGUACCCUAUCCUACCAUACCUUGCCUUAUCCUACUGUAAUCUUUCUUACCGUACUCUAAUCUAUUGCUAUAUCCCAAGUCUUACCUAUCUAGUUUCAUCUUACUCUUUAGUACUUACCUUAUCACUAUUCUAGUCUUAACCUACGAAUGUCUCAGUGUUUGACCUAGUCCAGCAAAAACUUAAACUUAGCCGUAUAUUGAAUUCGUUUCAGAUAUACCAUUUGCGGAAGUUUUGUGGGCAGCACCAAAUAAUACAGUUGGCCCUUAUACUUGUGGUUUACAAGUAGUAUCGGAGGAAGACGAGCACGAGAAUAAUAUAGAGAAGCACGUCAUGCUAUUCGGAUGUUUCUGUGAUCCAAGCGGUGAUAUGAAUUGUGACACAGGGUUACCAGACCCACGGCCGAAAGAUGAGGGGUUUAUGCGACCGGUAAGAUUACUGUAGAGCUAAGACAGGCUUCAGUUAAGGCUAACUAGGGAAGUGACUUUCCUUAUGUUGGAGUUAGUAAGGUAUGGCUGGAAUAGGGCUACUGUGAAGGCUAAAGUGCACUGUAAGAAACAUUAUUUUUAGAACCGCACAUGCUACACUGGCGACACAGAUAAUGCUACAAUAGUCUCGGGUUUUGUAGGCUUCUGUACAUACGAAGAAGGAGAAUACAAUAUAACUGACAGGGCAGUUGACAACGACAUUUGUUUCGAACUCAAUUCAAAGCUGUUAAAAUUGUAAGCCAAGGUAAGUCUGUAGCCCAGAAUCCUAGCCCGUAGUCUUAGCCCGGAGCCCUAUCCCAGGGCCCUAUCCCAGAGCCCUAGCCCAGAGCCCUAGCCCAGAGCCCUAGACCAGAGCCCUAGCCCUAGCCCAGAGCCCUAGCCCAGAGCCCUAGCCCCGAGCCCUAGCCCAGAGCACUAGCCCAGAGCCCUAGCUCAGGGCCCUAGCUCGCCUUCUAUUCUAAAAUAUUUGAUUUUUAUCACUUCUAGGAAGGGACGUUGCCAAUGCUGCUGUAUUAAUGAAGUACCUCUAUGUAACAGCUUAUUCGUCCCAGGGAAACAGCUCUACGAUACAUACCGAACUUGCGAAGAAGAGGCCAAACAUGGCGAGUAUGACGUUUUUUUCAUUAACAAAAUGGUGGGUUUUUUUAAUUUAAAAUUUUUGGUGUAUUACCUGUGAAAGUACCUAACCUGUUCUGCUCAAAUUCUGUCCGCAAAUUUUUAUAUGAAUUCUUAGUACCAUCAAUAGUACCCACCAAAAAUUUUAGUUCACAUUUAUGAGUUUGAAGUUUUAAAUAUUUGAAUUUCCCGCCAUUUUGGCAAAUUUGGCAUUAUGCUUCAAGCACUUGAAACACAAGAAUUUUGAUAUUUUAUAUUAAGCUACUAUUUUUAGGCGUUCCAUGGGGCCUUACCAUACAGUUCAAACGUCUUCUUCCCACCUCCAGAUGUGAUGGACAUUAAUCGAGAAUUUGAGAAAAUCAUGGCUUUUUUUGAGUUGGAUGUUGUCACUUUCAAAGUUGAACAAAUGGGUAAGGAAAUUGCUUGGUUUGUAUUCUUUGAAGAGUAGGGUAGCGUAGAACGAGAGGUAGGUUAGGGUAGGGUAGAAUGAAGGGUAGGAUAGGAUAAUGAUAAAGUGAUACGUAAAAUGCUCAGAGUCUAGUACUUUUGACAGUAAGGUUGAGGGGAGGGUAGGGUAAGGGCUACUGGAUGGCCAGGUAAAGUAGAGGGUCUGGUAGAGUAUGAAAAGAAUAGCAUAUCUGAUACGAGUACAGAGUAAGGCGGAGAAGAAAUAAAGUUGGUAUCUUAAAGGGUAGGCUCGAGUAGAAGAAAACCUAGCUUAGGCAGGGCUAAGUUAGGGUAAUCAUAAGGGGGUGGUAGGAUAAGACAAGGUAGGGUAAGAUAGAGUACGGUAUAAGAGAUUACGGUAGGGUAGGGUAGGGUACGGUAAGGUAGGGUAGGGUACAGUACACUACAGUACAGUGGAGUACCGUAGAGUAGAGUACAGUACAGUACCGUAGAGUAGAAUAGGGUAGUUUUAAUGCACUUUCUUUUCAGGGUCAUACAACAAGAACCCUCACACAUACAGCGUCGGUACAGCACUACAAGACUCAAUAACGAACAGGUUUUACAGUAAGAUCUGUGCCAAUAUUGGGGACUGGAAAACGUCCGAAGUAACGUCUCAAUGUAAAUGUUUCUACUCAACCCGCUACAAGAUUCAUUGCUGUUGCUCCAAAUCUCCAAUCACUCUGUUUUUAAAUCGAUUAACACUGAAUUUGGCAAUGGAAAAGGAAUGGCACAUCAAAGGCUUUGGGUAUCGAGAGCAGAUUUUAAACUAUCUGGAUGGUUUGGUUGAUAUAUAA